AUGUCUGUCGUUGUCACAGCAAACAUAAAUCAAAAGGCUGUUUUCUUUGCUGGAGAAACCUUUCACUGCACGAUCUCCUUUACAAAUCCUCUUCCACCAACAUCAGCCUCCAAAACAAGCUCGCAAGACUCUGACUCGUCGAAACCUCGCCUUCAGAACAGCGAACAACUCUUCCCGGACGACCGUCACCAUGAUCAGUAUGCCCGUUCAUCUUCAAGCGGACAUGCAAAAACGAUUAACGAAUCAAAGGCUGGGAAGAAACCUCAUAAAUCAAUGCAAGAAAAUGGGAACCUCUUGUCGGUGAUUGUAGAGAAUCCGGCAGCCCAAACCAAUAUGGCAGGAGACUUGAACGAUUCGGGAAUUUUUGGAUUUAGAAAUUUUGUGAAAAGAUCGGCGUCGUUUACAGGGUUGGCAUCGCUAUUAACGGGUGGUGGGGAUGCGAGUGAAGAGUGGGAUGAGACCGAGAUUGUGGCAGAGCCUGCAUCGCAUGCGGAUGCGUCUUCGGAGAAGGGGCACUCGGAAACAUCGGCACCUAAAGCAACCCAAAACUCAAUUCCAGUUUCACCACCAAUGAUUUACGAAACCGAUACCGAAACAGACGAUGACUUGGGUUUUAUCGACCUGCAGGCAGCAGAUGGAAGUGACACGUUUUCCAUUGACCUUGAAACCGGCGAAUCUUCUCCCCGUAGCUCGGUUGAUUACCUUUCAGUAACAUCGCCCGAGUGGUCAACCAAUGGCUCGUUGAUGGACUACAAACGACAAAGCAGGCGUCCAUCAAUAAUAACAAGAUGUAGUUCCUCGCCAUCAUUGACACAAAAGUAUGAGACAUUAUUAUGGGGUUUUGCACAGAUUGUGGGCGUGUUUGUGGUAGACGGUUCGCUGAUGAAAGCGUACGAGUUUGAACCGUUGAAAUUGAAGAAUAUGUAUGGACCUGGUGGUGGUAUGGGGGGAGCGGUUGGAGGCGGCAUGUUGGGAAUAUUUACACCGACAGCUAUGGGAAUGUCAACACUAGCAGAUAUGCAGGAGAGGGCAGAUAAUAAAUCGAUACCGGUAUUUUCUACCCCACCAUCAAUCCUAUUUAUUGAUGUGCAUUUGGCGCCUGGAGAGACACGUACAUACUCAUAUGAGACUAGACUACCAGCGGAUCUUCCUCCCACACAUAAAGGCAAAGCCAUAAAAUUUCAAUAUAAUUUGAUAAUAGGAACACAUCGAGGAGGAAUGAAUCAUCAGUCACAUAUCGUACAUCUUCCAUUCAGAGUGUUUAAUUAUGUGUCUGAGGAUGGUGCUCGGCCAAUGUAUGACCUGAUGAAUCCAGUAAUUAUUUCCAAGGAUGAAGCCAUUGUUACUUGCCUUGAUGAUAAUCCAAAGGAAAAUAAGCCAGCAAUAAAGAAAGGGACCAACAAAGCAGAAUUCAUUGAAUAUGUUGAUCAGCUUGUUCGAAGUCUGGCGAACGAUUCAACAUCAAAUGGCGAUGUAGAAGAUAAUGCACGUUCCGAAAGCGAUUCGUUUGUACAUGUUGAACGAGAAUUGAAAUCGUGUACGAAUACGGUAGCUAUUUUAUCAAAAAAUAUGCGAAAAGCUACAUACGAUAUAUGCAAGAACAAUGCACGUGUUGCUCAGCUGUGUUUAUUGAAGACAACAUAUCAACUGGGAGAUGUUGUUACAGGAGUAAUAAAUUUCAAUGAUGCCUUAAUACAGAGUUAUCAGGUGUCUAUUACACUAGAAAGUAAUGAACAAAUAGAAGCAAGUAUCGCCGCUCGUCCCCAGCAUCAUAUAAACAAAAUAACACGUAAAGUACAUGGAGAGCAUCACGAGUUCUGUCUCUAUACACGACGAAUAAGUUUUGCCAUUCCAAUACCAACAAACGGUACGCCGGAUUUCACUACAACAGCAGUCAAACUCCAUUGGGGAUUGCGACUGGAAUUCAUCACAGGUGAUAAGAAUACCUCUCCACUUCUUUCACUAAACACGGACGAGCGACAUCUGUACUUACAGGCUGUGCCAGAUGUGAGCGUGGAGACAUUUGACUGUUUAGUCCCAAUCAAAGUAUACCCAACGUCAUAUGAAUCAGCGAGGACAUUCCCACAUUCGCACACAUUCUAUGUAUCAUAA